AUGCAGCGCCUUGAGCUACGGCCACAUCCUCCGACAGAUUGUGUGUUGUUUCACAUCACGUGGGGCGGUUGGCCGGCACUGGAUCUUGCUGGCCUCGACCGAAGUGACGCCCUCGUCCUCUCAAUCGAGCUCUUACCUCCCGAUCCGGAGGGCCUCAUUUCAGACGACGAAGAUGAGGAUGGAAGAGAGCAGCUAAGUCAUCUUCUGCACAAGGUCUCUGAAGACGUGUUUCGAGCCGACUCGGACGAGUUUCGCGCCUUACAGUUCUCUGCAGCGUCACCAGGAUCUCCGGGGCAAGACGUUUAUGGCAAGAUCGGAUGCUGCUACUUCGAUCACGUUGUCGUCAACGAUGAGAACUAUAAUCUGCGCAAGCUCGUUAUUCGCAACGCCCCAGUCAUGUUCUAUGACGUCCCUCCUGAGCAACUAUCUGUUCCCAACUCUCUGUACGCCGAACAGCAAUGCAUCCUGGUCGCAAACUCCGCGUGCCUCUGGGAAAGCAGCCCAAGUGACUGUUGUCUAGGCUUGGACCUGGAUCGGCAGACAGUGCGGUGGGGAAUAGGUCCAUGGCCGGUCGCUGGCAUACGAGAGCUCGUCAUCGUGUUCUGGACCGGAGAUCCUGACACCCCUUGGCUCCCACCUUGUUAUCACUCCACUGCAAGUCCACGCACUCGUUCAGAACUCGAAAGCUCGUCUGAAGGGUGUUCUGCCAUGCAACAUGUUCUAGACGGCAUGAUGAAAAUGAUUCGGUCUUUCGAUAUAUCGGUGAAACACAAGGUAGCCAUAACAUUGGUGAACAUCAAGGCCUGUGCUGGCACGAUUUCUCGCACUCGAUGGACUUACGAUGCUCAAGACCCUUUGUCACCUGAGAACUACCUUCGAACCCAUUACGCUAAGUGGUUUGACGAAUGCAACACCAAGCUCCCCACCAUUCGCCUUCCCACAAUGCAAGAGUGGAUUGAUAGCGGUGAUGCAGACGACGUCUUUGCAUCCCAUGAACUGGCACCGUUCCUCACCACUCCGGCAAACGCCAAGUAA